UGUAUGUUUCCGAAGGGCUUCAAUCUAAAGUUGGCGCGCAACGAUCAAGCGAUACAAACAAAAACUUCAAGUUCCAACGCUCUUCAAAAGUUAAUAAUUUUUGUGAUUAUUCAGUGAUUUCCGCCUGAAAACCUCGUUCAAAAUGGCUCUCUGGGUUGACCGUUACCGCCCGCGUGAACUCUCGAAACUAGACUACCACAAAACGCAAGCCACGCACCUCACGAACCUUUGCGCCCAGGGAGACUUUCCGCAUUUGAUGUUCUACGGCCCGUCUGGCGCAGGAAAGAAGACCCGGAUCAUGUGCCUCCUGCGGGAACUGUACGGCUCGGGAGUGGAGCGUCUCCGGAACGAAGUGAUGAACUUUACCACCCCCUCGAAUCGCAAGGUGGAAAUCAUGACCGUCAGCAGCAACUAUCACAUCGAAGUGAAUCCAUCGGAUGCCGGAAUCUAUGAUCGGGUUGUCAUCACCGAUAUGAUCAAGCAGAUUGCCCAAACGCAACAGAUCGAUCCCAGUGGGCAGCGCGAGUUCAAAACGAUCGUGCUCUCGGAAGUGGACGAGCUGACCAAAGACGCUCAGCACGCCCUAAGAAGAACCAUGGAGAAAUACGUGGCCACCUGCCGGUUGGUGCUUUGCGUCAAUUCCACUUCGCGAGUCAUUCCGGCGGUGAAGAGUCGUUGCUUGGGGAUUCGAGUGUCGGCUCCGACCAACGAGGAGAUCGUCAGUAUUCUGAACAACAUCUGCAAAAAGGAAGGUCUUCACAUCCCCUCGGAGCUGGCCACAAGAAUCACCGAGAAAUCGGAACGUAAUCUUCGUCGGGCGAUUCUUAUGCUGGAAGCCUGCAAGGUCCAACAAUAUCCGUUUACGGUCAACCAAGAAGUGCCGGAAAUCGAUUGGCAGGUGUUCCUCCGGGAAACCGCCAACCAGAUCGUCCAGGAGCAAUCACCCCAAAAGUUGGAAGCCGUCCGGGAGCGUCUAUAUGAGCUUCUUUCGCAGGGCGUCCCAUCCGAUAUCAUCUUCCGAGGGUUGGUGGAGAAUCUAGUCAAAAAUUGCGACAUGAGCCUGAAGACGCAAACGCUUAACUUUGCCGGAACUUACGAACAUCGGAUGCAGCAGGGAAGCAAGCACAUCUUCCACCUGGAAGCAUUCGUGGCGCAAUUCAUGGCACUGUAUAAAAAGUUCUUGAAUCAGGCCUCCGCGAUGGACAUGGAUGACUUCUAGGCUGCCCGGAAAUCUCGAAAUUGCUUUUCUUUCUUUAAUAAAAACUAACUUCCGUCACUUA